UGGGAGCAGAAUCUUUUUUAUUAUUAUUAUUAUUAUAUUCUUCAUAGAUAAGAUUUUUUAAUUUGUUCAUUAAACUGCCUGUGGAAAGGAGCUGGAGUGCAGGAUCACCUGCGUCCUGGGCAUGGAUGUCAGACCCAUCACACUAACUCAACAAUGCAGGAUACUGUAACAAUCCCCAGGAUUGAAAGACAAUCCUUGAUCCUCAUCUGCAGCUUGAUUAAAGGAAGGAAGGAGAUGUACAAAUUGGCUACAGAGGCUGUGGGAGGGAAUAGGGAAGAAGUUAUCUGGAAAUUCGUUAUCCCUCUCUCCUUCAUUUCCCUUUCCCACCAUGGUCCAUUAGGCCCUCUGAAUUGUGACCACCCAUCUUCUAGUAGAAAGCCUCUCUGGAGCCAAACAGUGCUGCUCGUGGAUUGACCAGAGUCUUCUGAUACAUAUCACAGCAUUUAGGAAUGCACAAUGUCCACUGUUCUUCCGAACACGCACACUGUCCUUUCUACCUGAAACAAUCUCGGAACUAUUAGCAAUUAUCUUUCAGAACUCACGGAGGAUGGGUGAGGUCCCAGAGGGCUGGAGAAGGGGAAACAUGGUACCUGUCUUUAAAACAGAGAACAAAGAGGGACCCAGGGAAUUAUAGACCAGUCAACUUAAUUUGUGCCAGGGCUUGCCAGGUCUGAGCCCGGGAUCUCUCGGUUUGGAAGCUCAUAGCCCCAGCACCUCUUGGCUUGCCGCAUCAAUUAUGAAAGAAAAAAAAUUGCUUGAGCCCUGGCACAUUUUUCAGUACAAAUUAAACACUCCCAGUCAGCCUAUCUUCAGUACCUAGUAGGAUAAUGGAACAAAUUAUUAAACAAUCAAGUGUAAGUACCUGGAGGAUAAUAGGGUUAUAAGGAACAGCCAGCUCAGAUUGACAAGAACAAAUCAUGCCAAACCAACCUAAUUUCUUUCUUUCGUUCGUUACCGGCCUAGUGGAUUGCGGGGGUGGGGGGAGCAUUAGUCAUGAUAUAUCUUGAUUUUAUUUAAUAAGGAUUUUGAAACAGUCCCACGUGACAUUUUCAUAAGCAAACUAGGGAAAUGUGGCGUAGAUAAUAUUAUUCUAAGGUGGAGUGCACAACUGUUUGAAAGACUGUAUUCAAAGAGUAGUUAUCAAUGGUUCACUGUCAAACUGGGAAGACAUAUCUAGUGGGGUCCCACAGAGAUCAGUCCAGGGUCUGGUUCUGUUCAAUAUUUUCCUUAAUGACUUGGAUAAUGGAAUGGAGAGUGUGCUUAUAAAAAUUGCAGAUGACAUCAAGAUGGGAGGGGUUUUGCAAGCACUUUGGAGGUCGGGAUUAUAACUCAAAACAAUCUUGACAAAUUGGAGAAUUGGUCUAAAAUCAAAAAGAUGAAAUUCAAUAAUGACAAGUGCAAAGUACUUCACUUAGGAAAAAAAAUCAAAUGCACAGAUACAAAAUGGGGAAUAACUGGCUAGGUGGUAGUACUGCUGAAAAGGAUCUGGGGGUUAUAGUGGAUCACAAACUGAAUAUGAGCCAACAACGUGAUGCAGUUGUGAGAAAGACCAAUAUCACUCUGGGGUGUAUUAACAGGAGUAUUGCAUCCAAGACAAGGGAGGUAAUUUCCAUGCUCUAUUUGGCACUGGUGAGGCCUCAGCUGGAGUGUCGUGUCCAAUUCUGGGUGCCACACUUUAAAAAAAGAUGUGGACAAAAUGGAGAGAGUCCAGAGAAGAGCUACAAAAAUGACAAAAGGUUUAGAAAACCUGACCUAUGAGGAAAGGUUAAAAAAAAAGGGCAUUUCUUGAAAAAAGAAGACUGAGAGGACCUAAUAACUGUCUUCAAAUACAUUAAGAGAUAUUAUAAAGAGGACAGUGAUCAAUUGUUCUCCAUGUCUACUGACGGCAGGGCAAGAAGUAAUGGGCUUAAUUUGCAGCAAGGGAGAUUUAGGUUGGACAUUAGGGAAAAAUUCUAACUAUAAAGGUAGUUAAGCUCUGGAAUAGGAGGUUGUGGAAUCCCCAUCAAUGGAGGUUUUUAAAAACAGGUUGGACAAACAUCUGUCAGGGAUGGUCUAGGUUUACUUGGUCCUGCCUCAGCACAGGGUGCUCGACUUCAUCACUUCUCGAGGUCCCUUCUAGUCCUACAUUUCUAUGAUUCUGCAGACAACUCUCUGCCAUUGUGUGUGGGCAGGGAAGGGGAGGGGGGGACUGCUAUGGUCUGAUAUAGAUCUAGAAAGUUCUACCACACAGACGGCAGGCAGUACUUCCUCCAAACAUCACUAUAUCAACCAAUUGGUAUCUUUGGUAGUGAGUCUUGCAGUGUGCUCAGGGAUGACAGAGACCUGGCAGUGCUAUACAUCUUGGGACAAAUUAACUGACAGGUUAGGUUCAGUUCUACUGACAUCAAUCCAAAUGCAUCCACUUCUGCCAGGGAUGAGUUUGGCCCCCUGAGCUCAACUGCAGGUAUCAAAACAAAACGCAGCUUUUCACAUACCCACCUACACGUCAGUGAGACCUCUUCCUGUUCCCUUCCCUGAUUCCCAGUCAGGCCUCUAAGGAUCCUCAUUUUUUUCUGAAUUAAAUUCCCUCCACUCUUGAGGUCUUGUAUCACAACCACUAUCCGCUUAGCCAAGGAAGACUGGAUGAACUUCCCUUGAGAGCCUGUCAACACUAUUCCUUAACUGGAGCAAGGAAUUGAUCUUGAGCAAGACAAGGCACUCCCUCACCUUAGGCUCAACCAGCUCAAUAACUAACUCCCAGCCCACAGACUGGCAUUGCCCAUUAUUAUUAAUUAUUAUUAUUUUAGAACCUAGGAGACCCAGUCAUGGGCCAGGACCCCAUUGUGCUAGGUGCUGGACACAGAACAAAAAGAUGGUCCCUCCCCCAAAGAGUUUACAAUCAUUUGAACCCAAGUCUCCUCUAACUCAUCAGGGCAGACAACACAUAAACAGCACAAACGCUGAUUGCUUUGGGGGCUCUUUGCAGACUUUGCCACUUCCUAGUUGGCUGUCUCUUCCUCGUCUAUUCCAGGACAUCAAAGGGAGGAGGUUACUCUCUCCCCAGUUUCCCUCCUGCCUCUCCUCCAGCAGCUUACAGUACUUCAAGACUGUAAGGCAGGAUGGAGAACACUGCCCCUGGCUGUACUAGGUGAACCUGAUUGCACUGUAUUUGAUCAUUCCAGAAGCAGCUGAUCCAGACUAGAGCAGGCAGGGUGGGCAGCGUCCGGCCUGCUUUUCAGUGAUCUGCACAAACUUCAGAGAGCUAGAGAGUAAAAGGAAAGCAACAGAAGCCUACAGAAAAUAAAAACCCUGAACCCUGAGGUUAGUGCGCGCACCAAAUGCAGCAAAGCCAUAUGUGAUGGUUUAAAUGAGUGUGUGGAAGUGAUAAAGGAGUAUAAUUUGCGCUGAUUUCUCAUUCAGUGGGUGUGCAAAAUGAGGGUCACUCACAUGCUGAGGAGGUGGACAAGGUGCAGAGUUGGAGAAGUAACUAAUGGGGGAUGUACAAAAGUCUGGGGUGUGUGGAGUUGGGGUGGGGGCUUGUUUACAGCUUCCGACUUGCUGUUAGGAAGAAGAAGAAAAAUUAAAAAAAAAACUGGCUGAGCAGGAUUGGAGGCCUCACUCAACUUGAGGGCAUUUCUCUGACUGGACGUAACACCCUGACUUUUGGACACUGCACCCAAUCAAUUCCAGAAUUUCCGGGAAUGUUCUAGGCAUUGUUGGGCAAAAUCCCACUGACUUUUGGGGGGAAAUCAGAAACCUGGGUAGGCGGCAUACAGGGGACACAUAAUGCCUCUGCCACCUGCUUAGCCAAGCCACAGCUUCAAGCACCUCUGCAAUUGUCUGUAGAUGAAAGAACGGGUUGAUGGCCCCAAUUAACACCUUCCAGCAUAACUGUACCGCAUCUCAUCUCUGCCCAUCCUCCCAAUAGAGUUUAAAAUGUUGACACCCUGAAUGAUUUAUCCCCCAGACAGAAAGGAGAGAAAUGAGAAUGGGGGGCACAGAGAUCCCCUGGCACAAGGUGGGGCAGAGAAUGGAGGACCCUGAUAUGAGGUAGAAGGGGAUGCACACAAAGCCUCUCAUAUGGGGAAUAUGGGGACCCUGGUGUGGGAAGGAGGGCAUGGGGGAAUGGGGGAGCACACAGAAUCCCACAGCAUGGGGGAGAAUGGGUGCCCCUGAAAUGGAGGGAAUGAGAGCACAGAGAACCAUGGUAUGUGGAGGAAUGGGGAGAUCACAGAACCCCUGGUGGAGUACCCUGAUAUGGGUGGAAAGGAGAAAGGUGAGGCAUAAGGGGACAAGGGGGACAUGGAGGUAAGUGGGGGAUGGGGACACACACAUAACCCCUGGCAUGAGGGAGUCCCUGAAAUACAAGAGGAUGGGAAGGUGGCACACAGGCAGAUCGUGGGGAAAUGAAGGAAUGCAAAGAACCCCUAGUCUGUGCAGUGAGCUCAGCCUACAGACACUACAAAUGUGUGUCCUCAGUUAUUAUUAAGAAUGACUACAGACCCUAGAGUCCUAUUGUAUUAGGCACUGUACGUACACACAUUAUGUGCCCUACAGAGCACACAGUCUAAAUAGACAAAGGAUGGGAGGAAGAAACUAUUCUUCUGCCGAAUUUACAGAUGGGGAACUGAGGCACCCAGUGACUGGCCGAAAGUUAGAGCCCUGCAUGGAUACAACAUUUGUAUCCGCGUCCCAUCUGCAAGCAUGGUCUGCGGCUAUCCGCAGAUUUGCAGGGCUCUACCCGAAGUCACCCAGGAAGUCUGUGACAGACCCAGGAAUUGAAUCCCGAUCUCCUGAGUGCCAAUCCGGUGCCUUACCACCACCAUCCUUCCCCAUUUCCCAGCUACGCCCCUGUCACACAGUGUAACAUACACUGCUUGGGGUGUAAAUUACACUGGUUUUGCACACCCAAAUGGCUGCAAGUUACACCCCUCCCCCGCUGCUCACAUCACCAGGCUCUCCUGCCCACUAUCAGGAGUUUGCCUACUGACUUAGAUGUCAGCUAUCAGUUGCCUCCGCUGGCUAAUUGGGUGCUGUCUCUGCGGGGAAGAGCUUGCCCUGCAGCAAUCCUUAGCGCGCCUCUUCCUUAUUGCCACUUCUUACAGCUGCCAUGACAGUGCUGCUGGCACAUGGCCUAUCCCGGGCAUGCUCCUGGCUGAAUGCACAACCGCAGCCUCGGCAGUGUUUUGAAUGAAACGCUCCCCCCUCCGCUGGGGAGAAUCCCCCCACCACAGCAAAGCAGCACAAAUGAUCAGGAUGUUUUUUCCCUUUCUCUGUGCAACACGAUCCCACUGCCUGCAAAGCAACAUCCGUGAGGACAGCUGGAGCCAACCCCUCCUCCCUCUAACGUGCCUAUAUAUCCCUACGUCGCCUGCCUGGCACUAUUCCGGGUGCAGCCCCGGCGCUGGCUAUCUCGGGGGAAGGGGUGGGUGGGACUUGCACGCCUCAGAUCCGCCUCGCUAAAAUGCAUCUGAAUUGCCUCUGAUUAAAGUGUGGGGUGGAAGAAGAGGGAAGGGAAGGGAGACCCCUCCCCAUGCGUUGUGCAUGGCUUUACAUGCAGCAGUACCAUGCUAGAGGUCUCCACCGAGCUGCAGAAACAGGAACUCGCCGCCUAGGAAGGUUCCUCUUUCUUUUGUGCAUCACUCAGAUAUCCCGGUGCAAAAAAAAAAAAAAAAACCACUCACCACCCCUGCAGUCUCCAGACUCCCAGUUAAUCCAUACAAAACCGCCCCUCCGGCCUGUCGGACUGGGAGCAGAGGGAAGGGAAGGGACGCCUGCCACGUCUCAACCCCCCUUCACCCCCCGCCCCCGCGUCUCCCCCUUACAAGGGCAGAUGGAUGAUGGAGACGGACAGCGAAGGUGAUGCAAGAGCAGAGCGAGCGUUUGGAGCCUGGUACCAGCUGUAGCAGUCCCCAGGACAGCUGCAUUGUCCCAGCUCCGCAUCAGCGGGCAAUACUGGCCAAUCUCAGCCCUGCCGCCCGGCCCCCGGUCCCUACCCGCCUCUGCAAGCAGAGCUUCGAUCCGCUGGAGUGUAUCCCGCCCCCCUCAGUUAGUCCUUAAUCACCCCUGCGCUCGCUGCAGCCGUAGCCCCUUCACGCUCCCAGCCUCUCCUGGGUUUACGGCUGUAGGGGGUUUUUUUGUUUUUUUGGGUUUGGUUUUUAAUUCUGCGUGUCCUUCUGGGCUGCGGGUGCUAAAUGCUGAGCGCUGACAGGAUGGAGGAGUUUCCAAGUGAGGAAGAGGAGCCCUGGUACGAUCAGCAAGACCUGGAGCAGGACCUGCACUUGGCAGCCGAACUGGGGAAGACAUUGCUGGAGCGUAACAAGGAGCUGGAGGAUUCACUGCAACAGAUGUAUGCAACCAAUGAGGAGCAAGUGCAGGAGAUAGAGUACCUGACGAAACAGCUGGAGAUGUUGCGCCAGAUGAACGAACAGCAUGCUAAGGUCUAUGAGCAGCUGGACCUCACAGCACGGGACCUGGAGCUGGCUAAUCAGAAGCUUGUGCUGGAGAGCAAGACAUCCCAGCAGAAGAUACAAUGCCUGACGGAGACCAUCGAGGGGCUUCAGAACCAAGUGGAGGAGCUGCAGAAACAGGUGGAGGAGCUGCGGAGCUUAGAGCAGUUGCGCAUACGGCGGGAGAAAAGGGAGAGGCGCCGAACCAUUCAUACCUUCCCCUGCCUCAAGGAGCUGUGCUUGAGCCCCAGGUAUCACCAUGAAGCAAGGAGAGGGAAAGGCAGGUAUGAAGAUGCGUUCCAGGUCCACAGCUCUUCAAUGGAGCUCAACCAAAACCCUAUGGAGAGGGAGAAUGAGCGUCUCCAGGCCAUGGUGACUUCCCUUAGGUCCCAAGUCAACCAGGAGAAGCAGCGGAAGGAAAGGGUGGAGCGCGAAUACACUGCCGUCAUCCAGGAGUACUCAGAUCUCGAGCAACGGGUGUGCGAGAUGGAGAGCUGCAAACUGCGCAUCAAGGAGUUGGAGGCCGAGCUCCUGGAGCUACAGCAGAUGAAACAAGUCAAGAAGUAUCUUCUUAGCAGAGAGGACAACCUGUCUGAAGCACUUCUGGAGCCAUUAAACAAUGCCCCCGAAGCAGAUUACAUUGACCUCUCAGAGGAAGAUGGGAGUAAAACUCACAGCGCAUCCAUGACAGCUUCCCCAAAUCACCCUGUCCGGAAAAGCUGCAGCGACACUGCCCUCAAUGCCAUUGUGGCCAAGGACGCCGUGAGCCGGCAUGAAGGCAACUACACACUGCACGCCAACAACGUGCGUAAGCGGGGCAUGUCAAUCCUGAGGGAGGUGGACGAGCAGUACCACGCCCUGCUGGAGAAGUACGAAGAGCUCCUCAGCAAGUGCCGGCAGCACAAGGACAGCGUGCGCCACACCGGAGUCCAGACCUCCCGCCCCAUCUCUCGUGACAGCUCCUUCAGGGACUUCCGGGGAGAGGGUCACGAGCUGGAAGAGCGGAAGACAAUAGAGAAGAGCCUUAGCAAACACGUGGAGGCUGUGGACAAGCGGCUGGAACAGAGUCAGCCAGAGUACAAGGCCCUUUUCAAGGAGAUCUUCUCACGCAUCCAGAAGACAAAAGCAGACAUCAACGCCACCAAGGUGAAAAACAAGUCUAGCAAAUGAAUCCCACUGCCACGGUGUUUCUUUUGCUCCCACAUGCAACCUCAACAACCAGCUCUUCUCUUUUGCUCCAGGAAAUAUUGAGCAGCCCUGCUGCCUUGAGGCCUCUCACUUUGUUUUCUUGUAUAGGAAGGGGGCCUACGUGGCUCAAAGGCAAGAAAGUGCCAUGGAGACUCAAGUCACUUUUUAAAGUUAGUGCUCCAAGCAAACCCAGCUGCCAGGGUUUCUGAACCUGCUGGAAAAGCUGUAUAUUGUAGUUCUAGAUUGUUUCAGAAACUUUACAAUGAAUUCCUGCAUGUGUUGCUACAGCAGCCAGAAAUCACAAACACCGGAAACUAACAACUACCCACCCUUUCAGCUUCUCCUCCAGCUACUGUGUUUGAUUAUCUGCAGGCAAAAGCUUGGAUCUCCUGCAGCGUCCUGGAAUGGCAUGGGUGCAGUGUUACAAAAAAGCCAUCAGAACUUCCAGAGACUGCUUCAGAACACCCAGCCCUUCUCUUUCUCUUUGGUUUACUGCAAAGGACCCACAAGUGUACCUGAGACACUUUAGUUUGACCUUUCUGUUCCCCAAAGGGCCAUAUGUUCUUCCUAUUUAAGCCAUUCUCUUUUAUCAGUCAGGUUUUUCAGAGGAUUUACAAUGCAAACUCAUUGCAACUGGAAAAACUUGAAGAGAAAUGUAGAACUGGUUACUGUUAUGUCUUCAUCAGCCUCCCCGGAUGAGUCAGUCUAUAGUCUUAGGAUUUUAAGCAUAUAGGAUAUCCUUCUUUUACACUCCAGGUAAUCACAGCCUGGUUGAAUUCAUCUAAUGGUUGAAACUGAAGACCAAGGCUUUCCCAGAAGCCAAACAAGAAGUGCUGUUGCUGGUUCAGAGAGAUACCCCUCAUCUCUAGGUUUGGGUAUUGGUCCUCUGUGCCUUGCUAUUCAAGAGAUAUCAUUGCCGCUCCUAGCAAACUUGUAAAAUAUGACUUGUCUGGGUUUGCAAAGACAGAUUAGCAGUGACUCACCCGUAGAGGGAUAACAACAAAGCACCACAUUCUUAAAGUGUUAAGAGCAGUGAUUACCAACAACAGUAUUUAUCACACUGUCCCCAGACCUUCACCGUUAAUACUCCUGACUGAGAUGACAGACGCGGAGUUUUCUGCUGACAAUAAUCCAACCUGGCUGAGCUGCCUUUUCCAAAGGUUGUCACCUGCCAUGGAGUUUUAAAUAUUCCAAAUUAAUUUGCCAGCAUCAGAAUCUCUCUACUUUCUUCACAUGCCCACCAAGAGAUUCAGACAGAGACACACACACACCCAAAAGGCCUCCCCAGUCUCAGGAAUCACCAGUAUCUGUUUCUCGGAAACCAAGAGUGGGCCUUGUUUGGUCAGACAUUCGUACGUGGAAUCUUACAGGGCUCAUGAAUAUAUGCAGAUAAACAGCAUUUCAUUAGACCUUCAGAUACAGACCCAGAGCGCUCAGCUGCAGGGGAGGAUGCUGACAGUUGGUAUAAGUUACUGAAGUUAUAAAUUACUGAACAGUAUUCAACAUGCACUUAAAGAAACUUUGGGCUGGACUCUGAUUUAAUUUACAUCAGCUUAAAUCCCAAAGUCUGUUUUUCUGGAGUUACACUGGUAAAAAUGAGAUCAGAAUCUGGCUUUUGGUUAUUUUUUUAGCAUAAUUUAUCUCAUUUUCUUCCACACACACCCUCCCACCCCCUGUCUUAUUCUCCAAAUUCAGGACCUGACCCCAUGAGAAGCCAACUGCCCUCUGCUCCCACUGAAAUGAGUGAGGAUUGAGGGUGCUCAGCACUUUGCAGAAUCGAUCUUUCUUUGUCCUUUCUUUUCAAAAGGCUGCCAUCAUGGCAGUUUGCAAAGGUGCGACCUCCAAACCAUCACCACUGCUGCCUCUUAGAUUGGCCUGCCAGAGGGGCCCAGUUCUGCAAAUACCUUCUCCCUCCUCACCCAAUGCCAAAAGCUUCUCUCUUGCACCCUUGACAUUUUCAGAUGGCCAGUGGCCCCAAACUCAGAAGUAUUAGGAGCCAUACACAUGAUUGUGGCUAUCAGUCUGGUAACCGUAUGGAGAACCUUCAUGCCUUAUUUAUAAUGGAAAGCAGUUGUCUAAAAAAAAGUAAGUGUCAAGUAGACUUUCUCAGAGAAUUCACCAUGCUCUUUGUUACCACUGUCAUGAUACUUGGUGUGUUGAUUAUUAAUGUUCCUUUACUUAAAUCUUUAUACUAGGGGACUUUUGAACCUACGUCUGUUCUAAAGUCAUCUGUUUGUUGCAUCGGUGUGAAGGGGAUCACUAUCACUUUCGGUUUCAAACACUGUAAAGUAUGAACCAGCAUCUCAGUUUAAGUGUACAUCAGAUAAAUAUAUUUAAAAAUGCUUUAUUCUCUUCCUAAAUAAAAAGAAACCCCAGUAUUCUGAAA